AUAACAGGGCUCGUGUUUGGUGGUGUUGCAGGUUAGUGAUAGUUUUAUAGUAGUUUGGACGAAGUUAAGUUAAUUUCUCGUGAAUUUAACUGAAAGCUUUUUGACGAGUUUUUGGUGGAAGGAAUGGUGUUUUACUGAGACUGCCCAAGCCUGGUGAAAGACUAAGGAGCUGGUUUUCAAAGGGACAUUUGUAAUGGAUACCAGUGAGAUAAGCAACAAGUGUUCACUGAAGAAAGAUAUUCUGUUAUCUAUUGGCAUAAACAAAACCUGAUAACAUGUCACAGUCACAUUUAAUUAUGUAUACUGUUAGAGGGACUAGUCUGUUUUUCUGUGGUGUGUAAUGCUGCAGGUAACAUAUAACAUGGGCUAAAAAAAAAGUGCACAACUUGUGAGAAUUAAAGGAGAGAAAAUAUUAACUUUUUACCAUAAAUGCACAGAUUGUUUGAUAAAAGACAGAAAAUAUAGUAUGGUGGCAGAGCCAACAAUAACAAAGAAGACUCUGUUGGGGGUCUGUUGUAGUGUAACCCAACCUGCAAUUAGAAGGUGUCUUAUGGCAGCUGUUAUGUUUUGUGUGAUAUCCCUUCUGGUUUUCUCCUACUACAUUUCUAACAGUGAAUUACAUAGGCUCAACCCUGACCCACCACAGCCUUCAUUUCAAUGUUAUUCUCAAUCAUCAGAUUUAUUAAACAACUUUCAUGGUUCUUCACAAUUAAAUGUUCAUGCCUCAAGUGCUCGUUUACGUCUUGAUCCUAAAGUAUUGGUCAUUAUAGAGAGCCAGUAUUCACUGCUAGGAAAACAGAUCUCUGAAAUUUUGGAAGCAAGUCGUACCCGGUUUAAGAUAGAAAUAGCAGGGAAGAAUUUGCCAGUUCUAACACGACAAGAUAAAGGAAAAUUUGCUGUGGUUGUUUUUGAAGAUUAUGAAAAGUACUUAUUUAUGAACAAGUGGAAUCGAGAGCUUUUAGACAAAUAUUGUCUAGAAUAUGGUGUUGGUGUUAUUGGCUUUUUAAGGCCUAAAGAAAAACCUUUAGUUCAUACAGAGAUUCAUAAUGAUUUUGACUUGGCUAUAAGUACAAAUCUCAAGCUCUAUGAUUACCACCUGAAUCCCAAUUCUUCAGUAUUGAGGCUCACACGACCAGAAGAGACUUUUUAUGGAGAUCUUCCUACAUCAGAUUGGACAGUAUUUCAUUCUGCCCACUCCACAUAUAAGCCUAUAGCUUGGGCUCGGGCACACAAUCUGACAGGGAAACCAGCCAGUGAGAACCAGCUUAUGCCUACAUUAGUGGAGGAUCAGGGGCAAAUAGAUGGCAUCCAACGUGUAUUAUUUGGGGGAGGAUUUAAAUUCUGGCUGCAUAAGCUUCUCUUUCUUGAUUCAAUCUCUUUCCUUUCCCAUGGAAAACUUAGCCUUCCUCUGGACCGCUUUAUUCUGAUUGAUAUUGAUGAUAUUUUUGUUGGGCAGAAAGGAGUUCGAAUGAAACCUUCUGAUGUGCAGGCAUUGUUGGAAGCACAAGAACGACUCAGCCAUUCAAUCCAGGGAUUCCGUUUUAACCUUGGUUUUUCUGGAAAAUUUUUUCAUCAUGGCUCAGGAGAAGAAAAUAAAGGAGAUGACAUGCUGCUAAAAUAUGUGGACAGCUUUUGGUGGUUUCCUCAUAUGUGGGGUCAUAUGAAACCACACCUCUUUUACAACCAUAGUCUUUUGGACCAACGUAUGCUCAGAAAUUACCAGUUUGCAAAGCAACAUGGAAUACCUGUUAACUCGGGAUACUCUGUAGCCCCACACCACUCUGGGGUUUAUCCUGUUCAUGAGCAGCUAUAUGAAGCCUGGAAAAAGGUCUGGAAUGUUAGAGUUACCAGUACCGAAGAAUAUCCACACCUUCAUCCAGCCAGAUUUCGUAGAGGUUUUGUGCAUAGAAAUAUAAUGGUUCUUCCAAGACAAACUUGUGGUCUAUACACUCAUACAAUUUUUCUCAACAAAUACCCUGGAGGUCCAGCUCGCUUGAAGAAUAGUAUUUAUGGUGGUGACCUCUUUUCUCUUUUUGUCUACAACCCAAUUAAUGUAUUUAUGACCCAUCUGUCCAACUAUGGGAAUGACAGACUGGCACCUUAUACUUUUGAAUCAGUAGUAAAGUUUGUCAAGUGCUGGACCAACCUUCGACUGUUCACUGUCCCUCCUCUUAAGUUAGCUGAAAAAUAUUUUGAACUGUAUCCAGAAGAGACUGAUCCUGUGUGGAUAAAUCCUUGUAUUGACAAACGUCAUAAAUCCAUUUGGUCAAAGACAAAGACGUGUGAUCAACUUCCAAAAUUUUUAGUUAUAGGACCACAAAAAACAGGAACAACAGCAUUGUAUACCUUUUUGACCAUGCAUCCAGCGAUUGUAAGUAAUUAUCCCAGUCCUGAGACUUAUGAGGAAGUGCAGUUUUUCAAUGGAAAGAAUUAUUAUAAAGGACUUGACUGGUAUAUGAACUUCUUUCCUGUUCUUAAAAAUUCCUCAUCACUGUUCUUGUUUGAAAAGAGUGCUACUUAUUUUGAUGGCGAACUUGUGCCAAUGAGAGUCAAUUCUUUGCUACCUUAUGCCAAGCUUGUCACCAUUCUGAUUAGUCCUAUCAAAAGAGCUUAUUCAUGGUACCAACAUAUGCGUGCCCAUAAGGAUCCCAUAGCAUUACGUUACACAUUCUAUGAUAUUGUAACUGCUAACGAGACUUUUCCUAAGAGUGUGCGAGAGCUUCGUAACCGGUGCUUGAACCCUGGACAUUAUGCUCAACACCUGGAAAGAUGGUUGUCUUAUUUUCAUCCAAGACAAUUAUUGAUCAUUGAUGGAGAAGAACUCAAAGAUGAUCCAGCAAGUGUUAUGAGCAGGUUUCAGCGUUUUUUGAGGAUUAAGCCAUUUUUCAGCUACCGGAAUCGACUGAAGUAUAAUCCUUCCAAAGGUUUCUUUUGUCCUGUUACCGAAGAGAACAGCGUGAAGUGUCUUGGGCAUAAUAAAGGUCGGAACUAUCCUCCAAUGGAUUAUAGAGCUGAGAAGUUCCUCUCUACUUUUUACUUACCUCAUAAUGUUGCCCUUUCAAAACUGUUAAAUAAGUUAAGACAACCAAUUCCUGAAUGGUUAGAGAGGGAUCUUUCUCGUGGAUAGGUGAAGAAAUGUUAUUUAAUACAGUCAGUUAGUUCUGAAUAGUUAAUGUGUUACCUCACUUGUAGGUAUGUGAUUAAUAAUGCUUGAUAGAAACUUUCAGUAAUGAGGCUACUUCAAAUGAUGGAAAUAGUGUUUAAUAAUGACUCUUCCAAUUCAUAGUAGUUUCUCUGUGUCAGCUAGUAUAAAUAAGGGAGAGAGAUCAUCAUAGUACUUAUUUUCUUUAAUUUCAAAAUAGAGUAUUUUAUGUUAUUAUAAAAAUUUAUACUUGAUAAUAUAUAUAACUGAUGAAAUUAAUAAGGAAAAGGUAAAACCUCAGGUUCAAGAUUAAUAACCAAAAACAAAAUGAUGUUAGACCCUGUGUCACUGAAACAGUCCACACCUUGCCUCUACAAGUGUAAUGAAAUUGAAACUGUGCCAUCUAGUGGCUGGUUUGAUAGCACUUUCCAAGCUAUUAAUUUAAUUGCACACUUUAUGAAAAGUUUAGGAGUUUAUAGCUUACAUUUACGAAUGUUUUUUUUUCUUCUUGUUUACAAUAUGAGAUCAUAUCAACUGGUGAUAUAAUUGUGUACUGUUCAGGCUUUAGUGAAUAUUAGUACAAGUAAGUGGUCACAUUUAAUGAUAAAUGUUUUAAUAAGUUUGUGAGUCAUAAUAUGAAUCCCUGUGAUGUUAAGAUAAUUGAAUAUAAUGCAUGAAAAGAUAUUAUAUCUAGUUACUUCAAAUUAUUUGCAGUAAACACAUGAAGUAUUAUUCCAUAUUUUAUUGAAUACUGUAAAAUAGGCAUACAUACCAAUGUGUUUCUAACUAAUAAAAUAUACCAUUAACAUUUGUGAAUACAAACAAGUGAUCCAAUGGAAAAUUUCUUGAUACAUAGAAUUAACUGCACAGUAAAGCAUUUAAUAUAAAACAGAGUUGAUAAUUGCAAAUACUUUCAUUUCCAAAUUUUAUGAAUCUGUUACUUACCAAUUCAGCAUUCAUAAUCAUAAAAAGUAGAGGUUUUUAGGGCAUAGUGCAACCUGACUUUCAUGUGGAGAAUGGUUAGAGUGACAAGAUAUUUGAGACAUUUCUAUGCUGUAUAUGUGGCUGUUUUUGUUUUUUACACUAAUGAGCAUGAAACACCAAUGAUGCUGGGACAGUGAAGACUACUAUGAACGUUAUAUUCCCUGUGUUUGUUGAUAACACAUAUUUUACAGUGUUAAAAUUAUCAUGCUAUUUCUUGAUAAACAAUUUUCAAAAAUUUGGUAAAAUGCUGAAAAAGUAGAUUGCAGGAGAAAACUUAGGAGAUGUAACAAAGAUUUGAAAGAAACGAUAAUGCUCGUGAUUUAAAAUGAAAACUUGCAGUCGAUAAUUAGUAUGGUCGUUAAACUUGUAAAACCAAAUUAGGAAUGAUGUCCAUCACUUUGUUAGUUUUGCUCUUUUAUAUAUAAAUUUAUAGAAAGCAUAUGUAUGUACAUAUUGAGGCUCUGUAUACAAGACAACUUGAGCAGCAGUAUAGCUGACUUCUAUUAAACCUGCUUCUUUGAGCACUACAGUUAGCCUUAUUACACUUUUCAUGCUGCGAAUAGACUGUUGUAGAAACAUAGCUUUUGAUGAUUUAAAGCAGCUGUGAAGAAAACGAAAAAAAAAAACUGUAGACAAUCCAAAAGAAACAUGUAUGAUAAUAGGUAGUAGUAGUGUUUUAAACAUACUUUUCUAAUGGAGUAUACAAUAGAAUACAUACAUUCAUGUUAGCAGAAAGUGUCAUAAAUAUAUUAAGUAUUUACAAUGUUUUUGUUUUUUUUACUGACACAUAAAACAUAAAACUGUGUUUUAAUAUAUUACAUAUAUAAUACAGUUUUCUAAUGUUAAUGAUGGAAGUUAAAGAAGAUAAACUUAAUAAGUGGCUAAAAAAACAAUGAAAGUGGCCAAACAAAAAUUAACAUGACUAUUGAAAACAAUGUAUUUGUGUUGUAGACAUUAACAGUAUUAUAUAUUUGAAAAUGAUGUUCUCAAAGAAGUUGUAUACACAAACGUGUUAUCAGUUAAACAUUUUUUAUGUUAAAAGACUACAUGGUUUAUAAACUACUUGUGUGUGUGUAUGCUUUUAAAUGUUAUGGAAAAACAGGAAACCAAAAUGACAGCUUUUGCUUUUUAGAUGAUAAAAUUCACAAAAAAAAAAUUAGGAAAAAUAUUUAGAGAAUUUAGAUUUGAUUUUAUUUGUCUUGAGAUUUUCUAUGUAGUAGCAAUAGAACUUUAGACAUAAGCAUCAUUUUAUGAAGUUGAUUAUGCUAAAAGGAUUCACAAAGUUUGUUAGGAUUUAUUUUUAUUUUUUUUCUUAUCUGAGGAUAAAUAUACUUUCAAUUCAGUUUAUGUAUACUCUAAAAGGUUGCAAGAAAACUUAAUUUGCAUUUGGAUCAAGAAAUACAUCAAGAAUCAUCUUGAAACUUAAAAAACCCAGAUUAGUUUAUUUUUACAUUAGUAUUUGUUUCCAAUGAUUUUUAUCAUAGCUUUUCCAUUUAAGUCUUGGUGGAUCAGUGGUAUGUUUACAGUCUUACAAUGUUAAAUCUGGGGUUCAAUUCCCUACUGUGGACAGAGUGCAAAAAAACCAAUCAAUUGUGUAGCUUUUUGCUAAAAAAAAAUUAAACCUGUAGUUAAAUCUUAUUUAAAACAUUUAAAAAACAGGUAAUCAGAAAAGGUGCUAUUGGAAUCAGUUUAUGUAUAUGUGUAACAUUAAACAUGUUCUGUCUUACAAAGACCAUGUUUCAGAAAUAUCUGGACUAUUGCUCAGUUAUGGAUAUAUAGAUAUAUAUGUCAGAUUUUAGAAAAUCUAAGUACCUCUGCUGUCAAACUUUUUACAGAAAAGUUGAUUGCUUUUUUCAAUAACUGUAUUAACAUUUUUAAACUUAUUGUAAAGUUUUUUUGAUACUGUACAUUUUGUAUGAUUUUACUUACCAACACUAAACCCGAGUUUAAAAUUUUUUAAAUAUUUUUGAAGUUCACAUAAUUUGAUGUUUAAACAAUUAUUAGACUCUUUGUAUUAGAACUGAAUGUUGUGCUUAAAGGAAGAGAAAGAGUUUAUACAUCCAAGCCUGUUUUGUUAAGCAUUAUUUUAAUUUGGGUUUUUCGUUUUCAUUUUCUUUUUUUGGUUGAAGUAUAGAUAAAUUUUCAUUUAGUAUGCAAAAUGUUCACCUUGAUUAAACUAAACUAUUGGUGUUAUUUUAAAAUUUUUAGCAAAUUAGUAUGUGUUUUUGCUAGUUUUUUGGAGUAAGAAACACUAACUUUCAUCAGUGUCAUAUUUAUUUCUUUGCAUUUAUUAGCAAAAUACUCUACAGGCACUUACCUAGUUGUAGCUAAAACUUGUAUCAAACUUUCUGUGGUUGUGAUAUUUUUAUCUCAGUAGUAUACAAGCAUCUAAUUGAUCCUGGAUAGUGAUAUUUUGUAGGAAAGCAGUAUGUUUUAAAACUUUAUGAAUGUAAAAUCUUUGUAUGAAGUAUGUGAUUGAGUCAAUCUGUUCUUGAGAUAUUCAAGAAAAGUAUAACAGUCUGAGUUAGUGGCUCAGUUUUCAUGAAGUAGCAGAUCACCACUGCCAGACAUAAAUAUUGCGAUAACUACAUGUAAUAGCUAAUGACUGUGAGAACUCCAUAUCAGUGAUAGUAAUUCAUUGUAAUGACUCAUGAUCAUCCUCACAACUAUUCUAAACUUACUUUACUAAAUAUUUGUUCAUUGUUAGACUUAAAGAGGCUGUUACUGUACACGUGAUUACGCUUAUGUUGCUUUCUGUGAAAGCUAAGCUAAAUGACUGAAAUAUCAGUGCACUUGUAUUUUGAAUUAAAUAAUUGUUGAAAUAAAUUGGAUUUUAUCAUAUA